AUUCUUCCUCCACCAGUGUUUAUCUGCUGCAGUACAAAAAUAUUCCCUGGAAUAAUCGGAGUUUCCAUCGGCGAUGAUGUGAUGACAGAGACACAAACAGCCCCUCCUUGAAUUUUUGAGCUGCCUGCAGGUUUUGUGUUUUUAUUUGGGUCUUUGAAGUGGGAACCACACCCAAAACGCAGGAUGGGGCCCAUCAGUUUGUUUUGUUUUUUUCUGUAUCUGCCAGCUUGUAUCUGCCUCUUCCACCUAACAGUAAAUUUGCUCAAUGGCCUGAAGCGUCUCUAACCCACACUGGAUCCCAGUGUCCCUGAACGCAGCACUGAGCCUCCUCCUGUCACAGACCUGUGUUCAGAAUCAUGGGGAACAGUAAAACCUCUGCGCUGCUCUCUCUCAUCGGUUCUCUGUUCCUGCUGUUUUGGCCGCAUGUUCUUACCAAGAGCGUCUCACCCAGACUGCAAACUGGAGACAGCACUUCUCUAUCUGCAGGGCAGGGAGGACAGCGCCCUCAUGUGGUGAAGCGGUCAACACAGAGCUGCGACAGCGCUUAUGACCACUACUGUCUGAACAAAGGCCAGUGCAUGUUUCUGGUUGACAUCAAUGAGCACCACUGCAAUUGUGAAAAGGGUUUUCACGGCCUCAGGUGUGCCAGUCUGGAGCUUGUCAUUCAGCCAAUGGGAGAAGAGCAGAUAAUUGUGACUGUCUUCUGUGUCAGUCUGCUAAUCAUAGGUCUGACCGGAGCUCUGUACUUCUGCUGUAAAUGGUAUAAGAAAAACAGAGGCUCACAAAGGAGUCCAGACUGUUCGGAGCGUCUGUCACACAAGAGACACUCCACGUCUCUUUCCACGGAAAUGGCAAAGCAGGAUAUUACAAAUUUUUCUAAGUGACAGUUUGGCGUUAGCUGAUAUGCAACUUUACUGGAUUGUGCACAUAUCUUAUACGUCACUUGGCUUUGGAUCAUUUUAUCAAGCAGGCAGAUCGAGAGAUUAAAACCUCAGUGAGACAAGAAACAGCUUUGUGUGUUGAGCAAUUGUUGUUUCCAGCUCCACAGGUUCUAAUGUUUCAGGGCCUGCAUAGUGAGACACAAAAAAAACUGUUUCCACCCAUUAUGAUGCCGGGUCAUGAAUAAGAGUGAGACCAAUUUCGAUUGUUGAAUUUUUCAGGUCCUGUGACAUGAUCCAUGGUUUCCGGGAAUUUAAUCCUGCGUCUCUAAAACAUUCAGUAAAUUUCCCCAUGUGUCUUUUCAGCUUCCCACGUCCCCCAACAAAGUUUUGCUCAAUAUUUCUGAAUAAAGCUCGGACUGAUCUUUAGAGUAGAAACUCUUUCUCUCAAACGUUUCUCAUAAAUAUUACGUAUGUUAAUAGAUUUUCAUUUUGGAGGUUCAGUAAGGUGGCAGAAAAAAUGUGUUUCAGAUGCAUUUAAAAUACCAGAGUACAGAGUUACACUUUUUUUUAUAACUUGGUUUAACUUUUAUGUAUUCUACUUUUAGCUGUAACAAACAUUUUUAACUGCCGUUAAAUUGGCCAUUGACUGUUUCAGAUGUAUUAUUUUAAUCUUUAUUUCGAAAAAAGUUUUCUCAUUUUGAUAAUUUAUUAUAGAGUAUUGAUGUAAACACUAGACUAUUUUCUAUUACUGCUGAAACAGUGAAAACAUGAAGUAUAUUAGUUUUUUUUUUCGGUUACAGCCGAAAGUCUUUAGUUUUCACAUUUUUCUUCCAUGUGAUCAAUAGUUUGAAAAUAUCUCAUGAAAAACCAAGGUCCACACAGAUAAUCACCAAAACUGAACGAUGACAGUAACUUUUCCCAUGACAUUUUUGCAAUUGCAGUAUCAGCUGUACGUGUACCAGAAAAACAUGUUGAAUAAGUGAAUUAAAGCCAAUGCAUUUAAAAUGUA